AUGGCGGAGCGGACGAAGGUGACAGCCCCGGCUACCCGGCCUGUUCCUAUGAAGUUGUUUGCCACCUGGGAAGUAGAUCGUACUCCUCCGAAUUGCAUACCCAGGUUGUGUUCCUUGACUUUAACUCGAUUAAUAAUACUCCGACCGCUCGGCUCAGACUUAGCGUCCAUCAGCAUCGCGGUCAAGAUGCAGAGCUCCAAGAGAACCUUGCGUUCCAAUGAGAUGGCUAUACCGACUGGCGGCAUACUCGAUACGGAACUGGAAUUGCAAUUUGCACUUCAGUAUCCACAUUUUCUCAAAAGAGACGGCAACAAACUUCUGAUAUUAUUGCAGAGGCGAAAACGAUACAAAAAUCGUACGAUGCUUGGAUACAAGACUCUCGCAGAGGGAAUUGUUAACAUGGCGCAAGUGCUACAGAAACAAAUGGACGUCGAGUUAGAACUCAUAUCAGAUAAAGCGGAAAAAUACGGUGGUCACUCAGUCCCAUUAGCACGUGUGAACGUUGUCGCUCUGAGUUCUCAGCCAGUUGAUCAUGAUAAAAGACUGACAAAUGAUCCCAACGAGAGACUCUGUCCGGAAUUUAGUGACGAGGAGGAGGAGUUUAGCUCGGAGGGUGAGGCAGAGGGUAGCGAUAGCGAGCCUACAUUGGAGGUACACAGGCGAAAGAGUCGCGGGAAGAUUCCAGCGAAUGCCAGGCAAAGAAAUUUAAAGCAAAAGUUUAUAGCUCUUCUAAAGCGAUUUAGAGUAUCUGAGGAGUUGGAGCACGAUCAAGAGGAGAUUGGACAAAAACUUUCAGGCGGUGAUAUGGAGAUAGAAGAAUUGUUCAACGAAUUAGAAGAUUUAUCAGACAGUGGGCCAGAAUUGGAUACCAUGUCUGUUAGUAGUACACCGAAGCCCUCGCUAAGACCUUUUUUCAGCUCUAGUCGAUCUCUUCUCGCGCCACCUCAUUCCGUAGUAACCAACGAGACUGCUGGAACUAUUUCAACGACUACUACGUGUCAACAGCUCGCGGGUCAGCCAACUAAAGAGAAACAUCGUAUUGGACAUACAAUUCCGGAACGUGGGGUGGACAGACAGAGCGAUGACAGUUCUCGAAGAGCUGACAGCGAUUCUCAUCCUGAAAAUUGGACAGAUCACGAGGCGAAUGAUCCACCGAAUUAUGUAUCGGGUUCUCCCCCAAAAUCAAUGGAGCAACCUAAUAAGAACGAAAGCUCCGAAAGAAGAAGUAGACUCUUUGCACGUGAUAGAGGAACGCCUGGCAGUAAUAAAUCCAAGAAACACAGUCUGAGUGUCGAUCUGAAACCUUCAGCCGAUUUAAAUAACACAGAACCGAGAAAAGCUUUAGUCGAACAACUAAGUCGAGUGUUACCAGAUGAUAGUUUACCAGAGGCUGUGUCGUUGAUAUCCAUAGCAGAUCCUGGUGGUGCUGUAUUUGCUGCAAAACUUCAAGAAAGAAAUCAUAAAGUUCUGACAACCGCCUCUCCGGCUGACAUUCGUGCAACAUUCACGUGUUUGGUCACGCGAAUACAAAAAUUUUGCAACAGUUCCGCAAAGCCACCGGCACCCAUAAAGGUUAUUAUUGCUGGCGGAGAUAGUUUCAUAAAUGCAGUUCUCCGUCAUUAUGUCGAUUUGUUGAGCUUCAGACCACCAGACUGGCAAAACUACAUGAAAUUCUUAGUGGUUCCACUCGGUUCAAACACAUUAACGCGAUACCUUAGUUCUAUUGAUACCAAGUAUUCGAAGCUUUUUGGAGAUGAGUGGAAGGAGCUUUUAGAAAGAGAAGGUGGAGGAUCGAGCGAAUGUGCGGCACGAGCAUCGGAAUAUCUGGCCACAGCAAAUACAAUUCUACUACUACCCAUAGCAGAAGCUAUGGUUACAUAUAGGGAAACAGACGACAGUAGCCAAAUCUUUAUUCCCUUUAUAAAUGACGUUCGUGUGGGUUGCCCAGAGAGUAGUUCUUCCACUUCUGUCGACCUGGAAGAAAGCAAUGUUAGUAUGUCCGGUUCUCCGCCUUCCUUACCUCCUCCAAGUUUGCCUGUUCCAACUCCCGGAAAAUUGACACCACCUAGUAGUCCUAACGUCGGCCAACCUGCGAGGGAAGGAUGGGAACCAGUGGAGCUACAACUGGAUUAUUGGAGUAAACAGACUCAAGGUGAAAAAGGAAAGAGUACGUUACGUCAAGCUUUCAGAGCGUUGCAUGUGCAAAGACUUCCCUCAUUAGGCGAAAUUCCAGGACAUCACUUGUCUAUGAAUUUCACGACAAAAGAGAAAAAACAAAAAAUAAUGAGAUUAGGUAAAAAAAAGGAAAAAGAGAAAGAAAAUGAACCAAAAAGUCAAUCGGUGGAUGGAGUGACACGUCUCAUAUGUUCUGCGAAAACUCACAACAUUCCAUUAAGAGUGAGUAUUGAUGGUACCGAAUGGUAUGGUGUAAAAUUCUUCCAACUAUCGGCGCAAUGGCAAACGCACAUCAAGACGUUUCCAAUAGCAUUAUUGGAAUAUAAUCCGCAACAACAAACUUCGACUGCUACGUAAAUUUCUGUUAUUACAGUAUUUCUAUUAAUCAAAGCUUCUAGCGAUUUAUGCAUUUUGCACCAUCAUCAUUAAGAAUAAUUUGACUUGUUUUAUACGCAAACCCGAUAACCAUUUACUUCUUAAGACUGCUCAGUAAGAAUUAAAAUUUAGAAUGCUAUGAAUUCUCAUACUCGAA